AGCUGUUCGCAUUAUUGCGUUGUGCAAAAUAAACUGAAAAAACAACUGCAAUUGUUUAUAAUUUUUAAUUUUCCGGUAAACUGAUUAGUAUUCAUAGAAAAAAACGUAACACAUUUAUCGGAGAUCCACUUGUCACUUGUAAUGAAAAUUUUAAAAUUGGUGAUAAUUUUUAUGCUGAAUCUGUUAAAUAAUUUAGAAACAUUUGUUGCCACAUUCGCAAAUCGCAGUUAUUUUAGACGUAACUCAAGUAUGGAGCAAGAUGAGCAAGAUGGAGAAGUGUCGCAGCAACAGGAAAUAGCGCCACGACCCGGAACGCCAGUCGAAAGACUUAUUGAAGAAAUUGAAGUUUUUGACGCAAUGGAUCUUAUCAAUGACAAUGGUAGCGAUGACGAAGAAAGCGUCAAUGAGGAAAAUGACGAAGAUGAAGAACGGGACAAUACUAGGAGUAAUACAGUGGAAAUUGCCGCGUGGAUCUUAAAACAACUGCAUGAUUGUUUUGAGCAAUCUAAGACACAACCGACAUACACUUUUACGCCGCAUCGUCUUCUCAAAUGCAAUUAUAAAGCUGUAUGUGAAUUUGGCGAAUAUCCAACAGCACGAAGUGGUCAUCGUAUUAUAGCGUCAGAAUCCACUCUAUAUUCGCUGGGAGGUUACAAUCCGAGCAGAGUUCCUAACGUACUACGCCGUGAUGGGUGCAUGCUGUUUCAAGAGCUUUGGGCGUAUAAUUUUGCAACAAAUCGUUGGAAAUUACUUCUACAUGCAGAUAAUUCUGAUAUGCCUAGAGAGUUAGCCUCAAAUGCUCUUGUCCUUUACAAUAAUGUAUUAAUUUCACAUGGAGGCACUGGUUACCCGUUCGGUGAGACUUGCUCAAAUGAUUGCUAUGUGUACACCAUUGGUGAAAACGCCCAGGUGAUGAGAUUAGGAGUAACGGGAGAUUUGCCGACUGCUCAAUAUGGUCCAGGCAUUGUUAUACAUAAUGAUUAUCUUUACACAAUUGGAGGAACGACAGGUUUUGAUUAUACUUGUGAUGUUUACCGAUUAAAUUUACAUACGAAGAUUUGGGAAAAUGUCUAUAUAUGCAGACCCGAUAUGCGGGACGAUCCUGAAGGUCGUUACAGGCACGAAGUAGUCUACGAUGGCUCUUAUAUAUAUGUGCUUGGCGGGGGCACUUCGCAUACCGUUUAUGACCUUCAACGCAUCCCUGCUUUUAAUUUGACAACAAAUCGUUGGGAAUAUUUUGAUACAAUUCCUGAUCGAAUGAUGAUAAGAUUUUAUGAAAAUGGAUUUCCGAAACCACGUAAAUGUCUUUCCUGCGUGCAACAUACCUUACCGAAUGGUGAUAUAGAAGCCUUUAUAACUGGUGGUUUGCAGGGUGAUUUUUCGACAUACUUUAAUGAUAUAUGGAAACUGAAUCUGCGAACUAAAGAAUGGUGUAAAAUAGUUACGGCCCAUUUGCCGCGACCUCUUUAUUUUCAUUCAGCGGCUCACGCUGGGAACGGUUGCAUGUAUAUCUUCGGUGGCAUCGAAUACAGUGAAAAAGAAGUCCGCCGAAAUUGUCUCUUUAAGAUGUGGAUGACUAUACCGAAAUUGAGUGAAAUUUGUUGGGAUGCUAUUACAUAUUACAAUAAUAAUUUACAUAUUUACAAUAGAGAGAAAUUACUGCAGAUAGGCAUACCUGAACGUUUCGUAAAUCGCUUGCCAUUACAAAAACGACCGCGUAAACACAUUUCAGAUGAAUCAUCGCAAUCGUUGAUUGUGACUGUUAAGCGGAUGCGUUCACAAAUCGAAUAAAACCAAUAUGAAUAAAAACCCCAUCUAAUAAUAUAAUUUGUAAGAAGUACGUUAGACUAUUGAUUGUUUAAAUUGUAAUUUUAAUUAAAGUCCUUGUGGUUGCCAAAUGCUUUUCUAAGCUUUAACGAUAAAUCAAAUUUCAACUGAAUUGAGUCUAAUUUCUAACGUAUAAUUUGAAAGGAGCCAAGUCCUUAAAUAAUGAUCUGAUAAUUUUGAUUGCGGCAAUGUUAACAUACCUACGUUUAAACUUAGAAAUAUAUAUUUUAUUUUAUGUUUAAUUAACAAAAUUGGUGUUAAAUUUAGACGAGAACUAGUGUAAAGUCCAAAUGCUCUUGUGUACAUUAUGAAAAAAAGUUUAUUUUGGUAAAAUAUUUAUACGAUUAAAAAAUAUUAUGGUUCAAUCUUUAUGAAAGGGCAAGAAAGAACCGCCAAGAACAAAUACAAAACGUCAACAAGGCAAAGCAAAAAAAUUAUUGCUAUAUAACUGGGAUCGCUAAUUCCUCGUCUCCUGACGUCGUCAGUCACACUUAUAAAAUGAAAUUACGUUUAUUUUUUCCUUUUGAUUACUCCGUUCACACUACAAAAAGCUAUACAUACGAACG